UCAAAGCUCAAAGACUCGCUGUCUCUAUAAUAGCAUCAUCAAUCACAUAGAAGAGAAGAAAUGGCGAUUACCCUUAACAGCGGAUUCAAAAUGCCGAUAAUCGGAUUGGGCGUCUGGCGCAUGGAGGGUAAAGAUAUCAAAGAUCUCCUCAUCAACGCCAUCAAAAUCGGCUAUCGUCACUUCGAUUGUGCUGCUGACUACCAAAACGAAGGGGAGGUUGGGGAGGCACUAGCUGAGGCAUUUAAGACAGGAUUGGUGAAGAGGGAGGAUCUUUUCAUUACUACAAAGUUGUGGAACUCAGAUCAUGGACAUGUUGUGGAGGCUUGCAAAGCCAGCUUGAAAAAGCUUCAACUAGACUAUCUGGAUCUCUUUCUUGUUCACUUUCCCAUUGCAACAAAGCACACUGGAGUUGGUACAACUGCAAGUGCAUUGGAUGAAGAGGGCGUUUUGGAUAUUGACACCACAAUUUCGUUGGAGACUACGUGGCAUGCCAUGGAACAAACCGUUUCCAUGGGAUUGGUUCGUAGCAUUGGGAUCAGCAACUAUGACAUUUUCUUGACCAGAGACUGCUUAGCUUACUCUAAAAUAAAGCCAGCUGUAAACCAGAUCGAAACGCAUCCUUAUUUCCAGCGCGACUCUCUUGUUAACUUCUGUCAGAAGCACGGAAUUGCAGUUACAGCCCACACUCCCCUUGGUGGCUCAUUGGCUAAUACAGAGUGGUUCGGUUCCGUGUCUUGCUUAGAUGACCAAGAUCUCAAGGGCUUGGCUGAGAAGUACAAGAAAACCGUUGCGCAAGUGGUUCUGCGAUGGGGCAUACAACGAAACACCAUAAUCAUCCCUAAAUCAUCGAAGCAAGAACGACUUGAAGAGAAUUACAAAGUGUUUGACUUUGAGUUGACCGAUGAGGAUAUGGAGUUCAUCAAGAGCAAGGAUCGGAAAUACAGAACCAAUAACCCUGCUAAGUUUUGGGGGCUCGAUCUUUAUGCUUAAACCGUUAGUCCAAACUCAACCAAACUGGAUUGGAACUUUUGUGAUCGCUUUUCUUCUCACCUCACCGUCUAAGAUUUGAUAAUACCUAGACCCUAUUUUACAUAUCUUGCAGUUUCUUACAUAGCUACA